CGAUCCCGGCCCCUCGUGCGCGUGACGUCGCCGCGUCUCGCGCCGCUCCGGGCCGGCGGCGGCCCCGGUUUUCUGGAGGUUCCAGCAUGAAGCUCGGCUAGCAGCAAAAUGACCUUAUGGGGGCAAGAUGCCCGUGGGGUUGGACACUCGCUAGCUGAGAGCUGAAGUCCCCAGCCUGUGCCCAGGAGAGCAGGAUGCGGGUCACCAUGCGGAGGGUGCUGCUGGUGCUGGGCUCGGUGGCCGCCCUGAUGGUGACUCUGCACCUCGGCCAUCAGGUUCUGGAGUGCCAGCAGGUCCUGAGCGAGAGGAGGCACAGGCUGAUGAGACCCGAGAACGAGGAGCUGGUCAUGGUGGACGCCAACCACGUCGAGUACCGUUACAGCAAGGACAUGCCCCUGAUCUUCAUCGGGGGGGUCCCGCGCAGCGGCACCACGCUCAUGAGGGCCAUGCUGGACGCCCACCCCGAGGUGCGCUGCGGGGAGGAGACCCGCAUCAUCCCCCGUGUGCUGGCCAUGCGCCAGGCCUGGUCCAAGUCCGGGCGGGAGAAGAUGCGCCUGGACGAGGCGGGGGUGACGGACCAGGUCCUGGACGCCGCCAUGCAGGCCUUCAUCCUGGAGGUGAUUGCCAAGCACGGCGAGCCCGCCAGGUACUUGUGCAACAAGGACCCCUUCACGCUGAAGUCCUCUGUGUACCUGUCCAGGCUGUUCCCCAAUUCCAAAUUCCUCCUGAUGGUGCGGGACGGCCGUGCCUCGGUGCACUCCAUGAUCACGCGGAAAGUGACGAUCGCGGGCUUCGACCUGAACAGCUACCGGGACUGCCUGACCAAGUGGAACAAAGCCAUCGAGGUGAUGUACUCCCAGUGCCUGGAGGUCGGCCGGGCCCGCUGCCUGCCCGUCUACUAUGAGCAGCUGGUGCUGCACCCCGAGCAAUCCAUGCACAACAUCAUGAAGUUCCUGGACAUCUCCUGGAGUGACACGGUGCUGCACCAUGAGGAGCUCAUCGGGAAGCCCGGCGGGGUGUCGCUUUCCAAGAUAGAAAGAUCCACUGACCAGGUGAUCAAGCCGGUGAACAUGGAGGCGUUAUCUAAAUGGAUUGGGCACAUCCCGGGGGAUGUGCUGCAGGACAUGGCCCACAUCGCCCCGAUGCUCGCCCGGCUGGGCUACGACCCCUACGCCAACCCCCCCAACUAUGGCCACCCCGACCCCCUGGUUGUCAACAACACGCACAGGGUUUUAAAGGGGGAUUAUAAAACACCGGCCAAUCUGAAAGGUCACCUGCAGGUCACUCAGAACACGUCAUCCUCUCACUAAGAAAAUUAAUGAUUUCCAGAACGUUGCAAAUGGCCUUUUGUUGCCCAAGAAGGAAGAGUUUGCACUGGCCCGUGGAAAUCGGUUCUCCAAGCAUAUUGCUUGCUCCUACUGUUGCCAAAUGACUGCGCUCCAGGAAUGUAUUUGCAUUUAUUUGCAAAGGCCAAACAUGCUCCACGGCAGGAACGUCCUCGGCCUCUCCCAGCGCUCCGUGGGGAAAGCAGCUGUGGGAAUCCAGGCUUGGGGGUGGCAGGAGGAGAUUCCGUGUGUACCGUGGCCAGAGGACUUGUUACAUCUCGUGUCAGUGUCUUGUGAUGCCGUUCCCUGUUCCUGGGAACAGCGCUCCCAGCACUGCUGUUCUGUAUUCCUGGGGUCAGGAACAGCUGCCCUGGUCCUGCUGUUCUGUAUUCCUUGGAUUGGGAACAACCACCCUGGUCCUGCUGUUGCCUAUUCCCAAGGUGGGGAACAGCCCUCCCGGCCCUGCUGUUCUGUAUUCCUGGGGUUGGGAACGGCUAUCUUGGCCUCGCUGUUCCCUAAUUCCAGGGUUGUGAACAGUCAUCCUGGGCCUGUUCCUUAUUCCCAGGGUUGGGAUCAGCCAUCCUGGUCCUGCCAUUCCCUGUUCCCAGGGUCAGGAACAGCCACCCUGUCCCUGCUGUUCCCAAUUCCCGGGGUCAGGAAUAGCCCCCCUGGCCCCGCAGAGCCUUUGUGGUGCGCGUGCCCCCCUCCUCACACCCCCUCCCUGACCCUGCAGAGGCUAUUGCAGAGUUAAUAUAUGGCCCCCGUCCCCCCCCCCCGGUGUCGGACACCAUUAAAGUGUUGGUUUGAUAUUUAA